UUAAGGUCCAGCGAGUCACAAGAAGAGGAGGAGGAAGCUAACCCCAGCCACCUAGCCAGCAUUUUUAGGCAUUUGUUUGCAUCCCGGCAGUUGUUUACACUAGUUAUGUGUGGUAUUCAUGCCCAGUGAAGACAAGAACUAUCCAGGACGCUAACCAACUUUCCAUCACACCGCAGAAGUUAGUAAUAAGGAUGGGCAGCAGGAGUCGCACGCGUUCCCCAGCCAGUGACCGAGAUAGGAGUCAUGGGAGGCACCGGGAGAGAGAGAGGAGCAGCAGACACCACCACAAGUCCAGGCACCACAAGUCCUCAAAAGGCAGAAGCAGAGACAGGAGCAGAGAGAGAAGUGUGAGCAGAGAUCGCCAUCGAAGGGAGAGAAGUAAGAGUCGAAAUAGGAGCGACCAACACCACUCCAGGGAAGACAGACACUCACGGAAGAGGGAGAAGGAUAGUGGCAGCAGACACAGGGACCACUCCAGCUCUGAGGAUGAUUAUAGAAGCAAGAGGAAGUCCCACAAAGAAAGGGAAACUACCAAACGUUCAAGAAAGACUUCAGAAAAUGCCAGUGCCAGAGAUCACUCCAGCUCUGAAGACGAAUAUAAAAGCAGGAGGAAAUCUCAUAAGGAAAGAGAUUCUGACAAGCGCUCAAGGAAGACUUCAGAACGUGCAAGUGACGAUGAGAGUCUGGAGAAGAAUAACACCAGUACAGGGAAGCAAAGACCAUCAGAAACCCCAGAUGUGUCCCGUAAGGAUGAUGAACAUGCAAAAAUUAUCAAGGACACCAAGGAUCUGAAAGACAAGACUCAUACAUCAAAACAUGACAGGAAAUCAGAGGAGAAGGACGUGAGAGAGAACCGAACGCCUCAAAAAGAGAAACCACCAAAGGAAUCAGCAGAAAAGGAACACAAGAGAAAAGAUACUGCAGAAAAGGAACUGAAGGGUAAAGAUGCAGCAGAGAAAAGUGAGAAACCAACUGAGUCUAAAAGUUCCAAGUCAGAAGAAUCCAAGGAGAUAAGAAGCGAGAAAAAGAAGAGAGAGGAAAGUCUUGAGAAGCAAACAGAGGGUUCGGAGUCCAAAGAGCGACCAGAAAAGACCUCUGAGAAAAAGGUAGAGGAAAAAGUUCCAGAAAGUAAGAAGAAAGAUGAAGAUGAGGAGGAGGAGGAGAAGAAGAAGAGUGACAGUGAGAAACAAGAAAAGCAUGAGAAGAAAAGCUCUAAAAGAAAAAGUGAAGCCGAGGAACAGAAGAAGAAGCACAAGAAACAAAAGCAUAAGAAACACUCAUCAAGUAGCGAGAGUGAAGAGGAGAGCGGCGAAGACAGCACUGAGAAAAAAACACAAUACGAUAGCGACGAAACCACAGAACAAGAAUUACUGAGGAAAAAGAGACAACUUGAGGAACAGCUGCAGAUUGAAGAGGAAAUACAGCAGCGAACCAAAGCAAUAGAGAAGGAACGGGAAGCAAUUCGAGCCAAGAAGCUAAAAUCAACUAUCAACUCAGAAGUAAUAAAACCUGCUGAGAAGGAGAAGUCGCCCAACUCCAGGUCUCGGUCACGCUCCCCAGAAAAAUCAGAGGAGUGUAAACAAACCAGGGAUGAGAGAAGCAGUAGAGGUGAUAAGAGGUCAAGGAAUUACUCAUCAGACGAGGGAGAAGAACCACAGAUCGGUGCACGGUACUGGGGAGGUGAUGCUACCAAGGAAACAUCCCAGGCACAAAAAUCAAAAGCGUUCAAGACAAGCGACACUUAUUGGAACAAGUACGCUGAUAAGCUUGGCAUUCAGAUUGAAGACCCAAGGAACUCUGAUGCAGAUUAUGACAGGAAGAAGGAUAGGGACAGGAGGGAAGAUAAGAGGAGAGACUCAUCAUCGGACAGGCCAAGCAGAUCUGAAGAAAGCUCGAGAAAGGAUGGCAAGAGAAAAGGUGAAGGAAAUGAGAAGAAUAAUGUGGAGUCUUCUGGUAAAGGUCCUGAUCCACCUGCCGCACCACUCAUAAAGAAGCCAGUGAUGGAUCCUCUCACCACAAGGACCGGUGGAGCGUACAUCCCGCCUGCCAGACUGAAGAUGAUGCAGGCGCAGAUCACAGACAAGUCCAGCGAGGUGUUCCAGCGGCUGGCGUGGGAGGCACUUAAGAAGUCCAUCAAUGGUCUGGUCAAUAAGGUCAAUGUCUCAAACAUCGGGAUCAUUGUCAGGGAGCUGCUGAAGGAGAACAUAGUGCGGGGCCGGGGCGUGCUGUGCCGAGCCCUGAUGCAAGCCCAGGCAUUCUCACAAACCUUCACCCAUGUGUAUGCAGCACUGGUGGCCAUCAUCAACACAAAGUUCCCUCAGAUUGGUGAGCUGCUCCUGAAACGCUUGGUGAUACAGCUGAGGCGAGGCGUCAAGAAGAACGACAAGAACGUGUGCAUGUCCUGCUGUCGCUUCAUUGCCCACUUGGUCAAUCAGCAGGUGGCUCAUGAGGUCGUGGCUCUGGAGAUCCUGACUUUCCUCCUGGAACGAGCCAAGGAUUUCACCACAGAGUCAGAAGUGGCUGAGAAAUCCAGGAACGACUCAUGUGAACUUGCCAUCCUGUUCAUUACCGAGUGUGGAGAGAAGCUGAACGAGGUGAGUCCAAGAGGGAUGAAGAUCAUUUUGGAGACCUUCAGGCACAUUCUGCACGAGGGGAAGCUGGAGACCCGAGUGUCAUACAUGCUUGACGUGCUGUUUACCGUGGUGAAGGACGAGUUCAAAGACCAUCCUGCCGUGGCUGAGGAACUGGACCUGGUAGAGGAGAAUGAACAGUUCACUCACAUCGUGGAGCUGGAUGGGAAACUUGACUCCCAGGACAUCCUCAAUGUAUUCAAGGCCGACUCAGAGUAUGAGGCUAAUGAGGAAAAGUACAAAGAGAUCUGCAGCGGCAUUCUGGGAGAGGAGAGUGGCGAGAGCGAGGCAGAGAGUGGGUCCGAUAGUGACGACGAGGCUUCAGACGAGGAGGACGAGGAAAAGAAGGAAACAGAGACCAUCAUAGACCAGACGGAGACAAACAUGGUAGCUUUCCGCCGCACUGUGUACCUCACCAUUCAGUCCUCACUGGAUGUGGACGAGUGCGCUCACAAGUUAUUGAAGGGAGAGAUCAAACCAGGCUGGGAAUCUGAACUGUGCAAUAUGAUUCUGGAUUGCUGUGCCCAACAACGUACCUACGCCAAGUUCUACGGCCUCCUGGCACAGCGUUUCUGCAUGAUUAAUAAGGUGUACCAGGAGCCGUUCCAGCAGAUCUUCAAGGAUGCCUAUGACACCUGCCACCGCCUGGAGACUGAGAAGCUGAGGAAUGUCACGCGCCUCUUUGCUCACUUGCUGUUUUCUGACGCCAUAUCCUGGGAGGUGCUGUCUCAUAUCCACUUGAAUGAAGAUGAGACUGCCAGCUCCUCCAGGGUGUUCAUCAAGAUUCUGUUCCAGGAAUUGGCAGAGUUUAUGGGCCUGGCUAAGCUCAAUGAGAGGCUGCGGGACCCUACGCUGGCCCACGCCUUUGAGGGCCUCCUGCCUCGAGACAAUCCACGCAACACUCGCUUUGCCAUCAACUUCUUCACCUCCUGUGGUCUGGGUGGCCUCACUGAUGAUCUCCGCGAGUUUCUCCGAACACAGCCAAAACCUACUGCUGUUGUAGCACCAGUUCAGCAGAUCAGUAAGACAGAGGAAGCUGCAGCAGAGGGUGAUGACAGCAGUAGCAGCAGCAGUAGUAGUAGCAGCAGUAGCAGUAGUAGCAGCAGCAGUAGUAGCAGUGACAGUAGCAGUAGUGACAGCAGCAGUAGUAGCAGUGACAGCAGUAGCAGUGACAGCAGUAGCAGCAGCAGUAGCUCGGACAGUUCAUCAGACAGUAGCAGUGACAGUGGUGACUCAUCUAGUGACUCAGAAGACAGUUCAAGUGACCACCAUGCAAGCAAAGAUAAUGAACAGAGGAAAAAGAAAAAACACAGAAUGAAAGAUGCCAAGAGGAAAACUUAUAGUGAUAAAACAAAGAUGAGAUCAAGCAAGAAGAAUGAGAGAAGAUCAAGAGACAGAAAGGCAAGAAGGAGCAAAAGAAGUGACAGUGAAGAAGAGAGUAACACAAGAGGAGAAAGAAGUGGAAGGAGAGAAGACCGGAGGGAAUCAUAUGAGAGGAGAAGAAGCCAUCACUCAAAAGAGGAGAGAAGUUCUGAAGGUACCAAGAAAGGGAGGGAAAGAGAGAGGAGAGGAGGCAGCCAUGAACACAGUGAGAGAGAGGAGAGAAGGCAUGGAAGAUCACACAGAAGGAAGGAAGAAAGAGAAUCAGACAAUCGUAUUAAGGCGGAUGUGAGGAAGGAGCACAAGAGGAGACACAGCAGUGAUGAGGAGCAGGAGUAUGAGCGCAAGAGGGACAGCAGUGUGGAUAGGAGUGACAAGAGGAGGAAGAUGAAGUGAUGUGCUAUCAAGAGGAGAUAGACAAUUAAAGUGGGUAUGCAAACUUAGAGAUAAGAGAUAAUUUAGCAGCACUGGAAAUAAGAAGUGAAUUGAGCACAAGAGGGACAGCUGUGUGGAUAGAAGUGACAAGAGGGAAAAGAUUAAGUGAUGUGCUAUCAAGAGAAGGAGAAAAACAGUUAAAAUGGGAAUGCAAACUUUGAGAUAAGAGAUAAUUUACCAAUGCUGGAAAUAAGACCUUAUAUAUUAAUUCCUACCUGUAAAGAAGCAAAUUAUGAACCAAUCUCUAAAUACAAAAUAGAAAAGGCAACUUAAUAUUCACCAGUAUUGAACAAAAAAAAGACACUUUGAUUUUCUAAUAUGUUUAUUGAGGAAGGUAAUGAAUUGCUAGACUUCUGCUAAUGGAAAACUAAAUAUGUACCUGUAUAAGCCUGAAUAAUGGAGAUACAAAACUGUAAUUUUAUUAUUUCAUACUUCAAGAUACACACUUUUUCCUUACUGUCAAAAUAGUUCACCAGUUUCAGUUUUACUUUUCUAUGCAUUCCUUAUACCAAAUUUUCUUUUCCUAAUAGUACCUUGAUAUAUGUGAGUGUCCCAGACUGUGAUUGGCUUGAAGAAUGUUAGCCAUGAUGGCCACGCUUGUACUGUAUAAAUAGCAAAACAGGAGGUCUGGGGGGAAUGCUAUGAAUGUAUUAAAGAGGCAUAGAUUGAGAGAGGGAGAGAUUUAUAUACAUACAAAGCAUGACUGGAGUUUGAGGUAUUUGAAAGAAAAUUUGUGGAUAUAUAGAAGACCUGAAGAUGUGUUGGAAGGAGGUAUUAGGAAGGAGACCAGUGGAAAGACUAUAGAAAGAUCCAAAGCUGUAUAGAGGGCAUGAAAAGAAUGAACAUAAGAAGUAGUUUAGUUGAAAGUUUCUCAUGAUUUUAAGUGAUAAGAGUGAUUCCCUACUAUCAAUGGCAAUAAACACCAAUUAAUAACUAGAUGAUUCAUCACAGACUUUUUUUAACUUAUCUGUGUGAGAGAACAAAGUAUUUCUAAAUACGAACUUGGGAUGUGAUGGUGAUACAGUGUGUGGAAAUUGUUCAGACAUUAUUGGAUUAAGGUGAAAUUAAUUUAUUCUUUUAUUUUAAUGGUCUAUUUUGUGUAUUUAUAUCUUUUUAUGAUAUAUCCAGUUAGUUUGACAUUGAAACAUUUAUUUUCUUUUGUUUUGAAGCUGAGAUUUGUAAGGCCUUUUUACUAUGACAUUUUCAGGUGCUUUGAAGGUGAAUUUAGCUUAUUUUCUAGUUUGAGAGUUAAGAUUAUGAUGUCUUUUUUUUAUUAUUAUAUCUAGAUUGUUUGAGGGUGGAAUAAACUUUCUCUCGUUUGAAGGAUAAAUUUAUGUUUUCUUUUUAUGACAUUUCCAUAUAGUGAAGGUGAAAUCUGUUAUGCCCUCCUUUUUAUUAUAUUUUCCAGUCCAGAUAAGUCAAAGUUAAAGGAUACACAAUAUGUAUAAACAUGGAAUAAGACUCGGUAUAAAUUCUCCCUUGGAUAUAGGUACUGUAUAUGGGAAGUUUGCAUUCAAAUAACUGAAAGAAGUGUGUAUAGGUAAGAGACAGGAUUUGAGGAAUGUAUUGGCCAGUGUGGUAAUGUACUGAUAAAAAAAAAAAGUUUACAUUUUAUUUAGUAUUGAAGGAAACAUACAUGACGCCAACCCCUGACUAGAGAGAAACGGGGAUAGGGGGAGCCUGGAGGUGUGUUUGUGUGUGUGUAAGGAAGUAAGUGAGUCUUCCUGCUUUUAUAAUGUAUGGUCUCUCUCUCUCUCUCUCUCUCUCUCUCUCUCUCUCUCAAUGUGCUGAAGAAAACUGCCUUCAUAUUUAGGUUCGGUGGAAUAUUUUUUUGGUUUAAGAUCAAUAUCUGAAGUUCAUGUACAUAAUGUCAUUAUUAGAAUUUAAGUGUUAUCAUUAAAUAUACGAGUAACUUAC